AUGAUGAAGCCUAUCCAUGACAUCGCCGGUCACCGGCCGUUCAAGGCGCCGGGCCCAUCUCGGCGGACGAUCGCCAGAUGGAUAGAUGCAGGCGAUAUUUGCGCGACGACAAUUGGAACAAGAGACAACUUAUCGCACCGAACCUUCCGACUACGACAUAUCACACAGCUGCGCCGCUUCGGCGCUUGCGCGCACGUGGUUGGAGUGUUGCUUUUAUUGUCUGCCCUCGCGCUUUUUUCGGCGCCUGACACCGAAGUGUCCGAGGGCGCGACGCUUGGAGUUGGCACUGAGGCUUCCCCUGUCGCAGGGAUCAGCGACAUCUUGAUCUCUUGA